GCAGAAAUAAUAUUAUCCGCAAAUGCUUAUUAACCAUGCCUAAUGUACAGUUGAAAGUUCAAUUCGCAGAAAUAUUAUCCGCAGAAGGCAGAAUUUUGGGCCGUAGAAAUUUCUAGCUAUAAUAAGCUCUACGUAUAAUACGAAAAACUGAACUGAGACAUUUCUGAAAGAUCAAGCAGAGCUAGCUAGCUGAGAGGAUGUCCACUGAUAGCCAACUGUACACUGACCUCAAAGGCAUCCUAGAGAAUGCGAGGAGCGUCGGUAUCUCUGAGAUUGAGAUCCAAGGAUGCCUGGAGAAGGAAGGUCUCAUCCAAGAGCUCCCCAGCCCAGCUCAGAUCAUGCAAAAGGCAUGGCGUAUACUGGAUAUCCUUACCUUCAAGGUCUAUCCACUCCUGUUCCUGUUGUCUCUGCUUGCUUACCCUACCUUCAAGGCGUUCACUGGCUCCCCAUGUCUAGUAUCUGAGGUGUUUCCACUCGCAGAAGCGGUUACACCAUUUGUAGACUGCAAGAUCUACAAGGGAGUCACACACGCACCACGUCUCUCAAACCUAUCACAAGAGGAUUUUAUACGCAACUAUGCCUACCAGUCCAAGCCCAUCUUGGUGGUGGGAGCAGCCAGUGAUUGGCCUGCACUUGACCUCUUCUCUUACGAUUAUUUCAAAGAUCUCUAUCUGAGUCACCCUGCAGCACUAGAGGGAGACAAUGAACAGGGACAGUUCUUUGCAUACAGUUCCAGUAUCACUAUCAACAACCUGUCCGACCUGUUUACCCUGCCCAGUGAGAAGGUAGCCUCCAUGAGUAAGGAAAAGUGGUACAUUGGAUGGAGCUCCUCUGAGCCUAACAUUGGAGAGGACAUGCGUAAACACAUUCGGUCCCCUUAUUUCAUUCCCCCCACCCUCAAUAACGGUGACUGGGCCUGGAUCUUUAUGGGAGCCCCUGGGCCUGGAGCUAGCAUCCAUGUGGACAGGGUGGAGGUCUUUACGUGGCAGGCACAGCUGUCAGGGACCAAAGUUUGGACUCUGACCCCACCUCCAGAGUGUGAGCAUAUGUGUCAAGCCUUCAACGUCACUGUCAAUAAAGGAGACAUCAUUGUGGUGGACACUAAUCGCUGGUACCAUCAGACCACUGUGUUGCCUGGGAACAUCUCCAUCACUAUAGGAUCAGAGUACAACUAAACACCCUCCAUAGCAUUUAUAGUAACAACCAUGUUUUGUGCAUAAUUAUUUCUUGUGCAUAAUGUCUUAAUGAUAUUCAUAAAGUGAUGUGGGGUUGUA